AUGAUUGAGUCAUUACAUAGAUCCUUUCUCCUGGAUUUUAAACUUUCUUCACAAUGUCAGGCAACCAUCCAUAUGGAGGCAGUCAGGUGGGUGGUGGCAUGUACCCAAAUACCAAUCAACCACCUUCAACAACAGCAAAUGCAUGGUCAUUCACAACAGGGGUCUCAACAGUCCAACAUGAUGGGCUCCCAACAACCACCAGGAGCAAGUAUGUUGGUUCCUAACAGUGGACAAAGCUCCUCAAAUGUUGGUGGGGGUCAGCAAUUGCCAAAAGAAGUUAACAGUGUCUCUCUCUGCAGGCUGGGUCAGGAAAUUGUUCAUGAUACCGUGCAGAGGGCCGCAGAUAUAUUCAGCAUAUUAAAAACCAUCUCUUUACCAAAUGGAAUGUCCUACAGUGUCCAGCAACACCAAGAGAAGAAAAACAAACUAGAUGACCAGAUGAGGUCAUUAAAUCUCAGUUUUCGGAAAUUGCGUAUUAUUUCUGAAAAAGUAAAAGAAAGCACCAACCCUAAAGAGGCAAUGUUAUCACAAGAUAAUGUCAUCCCCUUGGUUGGCAAAGAUUAUGAUAUUGAGGCACUUCGAGAUGGAGAAAAGAAUAAUUUGUAUCAGAUAGUCUGUGAGGAACAUCGAGACAUGGUCGAGAGAAUCCAAUUAAAAAGUCGUCAGCUGAAGGAAAUUAUUGAUCACAUUCGCACGAUUAUCUGGGAGAUCAACACAAUGAUCACAAUGCGGAAAACUGGAUGA